ACGUACGUUUUAGAUUUCCCUAUCUGGAACGUUACUCCAAACAAAAUGAUAUAUCUCUCUCGAGACAGCUAUUCUCAUCGAUCAGUCUGACGAUGGCGAGUGUUGUUGGAGGGACGCCAUUGAUAAGAAUCAGAGUAAUACCAGAUAUUGCCCCUCCAAUUUGGCGCCCAUCUGCUCUUCUUUCUAAGCAUAAUCAUCAUCAUAUCCACAAGCAUCGACUUCUACUUUGUUCUUCUGCUCCAAGGAGGUGGAGGAAUUUCUCCGUCUCUUCCAAGUCAGAUGCUGCUGCCCAAGGACAAGUUCGCGUCCGUUUUGCCCCUUCACCCACUGGCAAUCUCCAUGUUGGUGGUGCCAGAACUGCUCUUUUCAAUUACCUUUUUGCUAGGUCCAAUGGAGGCAAAUUUGUGUUGAGGAUUGAAGAUACUGACUUGGAGAGAUCAUCUAAGCAAUCAGAGGAGGCAGUGCUCCGGGAUCUUUCUUGGCUUGGCCUUGACUGGGAUGAAGGGCCUGAUGUUGGUGGAGACUACGGUCCAUAUCGACAAUCUGAAAGGAAUUCUUUGUAUAAGCAAUAUGCUGAGAAACUCUUAGAAUCUGGUCUUGUUUAUCGCUGCUUUUGUUCUAAUGAGGAACUAGAGAAAAUGAAGGAAAUUGCAAAACUAAAGCAGUUGCCUCCAGUGUACACUGGGAAGUGGGCUACUGCAACUGAUGAAGAAGUACAGGAAGAGCUUGCAAAGGGAACUCCUUACACAUAUCGGUUUCGUGUGCCAAAGGAGGGGAGUUUGAAAAUUAAUGACCUUAUUCGGGGUGAAGUUAGCUGGAACUUGGACACACUUGGAGAUUUUGUAAUUAUGAGGAGCAAUGGACAACCUGUGUAUAACUUUUGUGUUACAGUUGAUGAUGCUACCAUGGCCAUCUCGCAUGUGAUAAGAGCUGAAGAGCAUUUGCCCAAUACUCUCAGGCAAGCAUUGAUAUAUAAGGCUCUUGGAUUCCCCAUGCCUUCCUUUGCACAUGUUUCUUUAAUUCUUGCUCCGGAUCGGAGUAAAUUGUCAAAACGGCAUGGUGCAACUUCAGUGGGUCAGUUCAAGGAGAUGGGGUACCUUCCCCAAGCAAUGGUGAAUUACCUGGCACUUUUAGGUUGGGGUGAUGGGACAGAAAAUGAGUUUUUCACCCUUGAGCAACUUGUUGAAAAAUUCUCAAUCAGCCGUGUUAACAAAAGUGGUGCCAUUUUUGACUCUACAAAGUUGAGGUGGAUGAAUGGUCAGCAUUUAAGAGCACUUUCAUCAGAGAAAUUGAUCAACCUUAUUGGUGAACAUUGGAAGAACACUGGUAUCCUUGUGGAGUCAGAAGGAUCAUUUAUAGAAGAAGCAGUUCAGCUACUAAAAGAUGGGAUUGACUUGGUAACUGAUUCGGACAAAGCACUGUCAAAUUUGCUAUCUUAUCCCUUACAUGCUACUUUAGUGAGUCCAGAAGGUAAGACAGUUGUAGAAGAUAAGCUUUUUGAAGUUUCAUCCAGGCUCUUAGCUGCAUAUGACAGUGGUGAACUCCUAAGUGCCCUAGAAGAAGGCCCAUCUGGUUGGCAGAGGUGGGUGAAGAACUUCGGCAAAUCUCUUAAGCGCAAGGGGAAAUCACUUUUCAUGCCACUUAGGUUAUUGCUAACCGGAAAGCUCCAUGGCCCCGAUAUAGGUUCUAGUGUGAUCCUGCUGCAUAAGGCUGGAACUUGUGGUGUUGUUUCUCCAGAAGCUGGAUUUGUCACGUUGAAUGAGAGGUUUGAAAUAUUGAGGCAAGUUGACUGGGAAGCACUUAAGGAUCAAUCUCCAUUGGAGUCUGCUGCUACUGUAUCAAAUUGAGAAUAACUUUUUUUUUAAAAGAUUUUUUGAGGAUACCCCAGUUUUUAUCUUCUAAUUUUUGACUUUUUUUUUUAAUGUGUUGUUUUGAAAGCACUUGUUUUUAAUACAAUGAGAUGAAUUUUAGUGUUU